AUGAUUCCAAGUAUACGUUACCGUGGAGGUCUUUAUGCUUCCGGGACCGGAAUCGAUCCACUGUUCGUUAAAGCCUUGGAUAGUUCGUCUUUCCUUGCAAUUGAUGUGGUUUUGAACCACUUAUUGUCACUUCCAUGCGUGCGGCACAAGGAGCGUUCUGUUUCGGCUGAUUUGUUUAUGUAUAAAAACCGUGAUCCAGAAAUUUACUGUCGGAUCUACGGGACUUUGAUGUCCGGUCUUGCACGGCAACCACAAUAUUUCGAUCGUUGGUUUAAUGACGAAUUUAAUCUACUCCAAGAAUUCUUCUCAGCAUGUGUAGAUAUUCAGCGACCGUCGGCACUCCCCGAAGAUCCACAUGUCAGUGAUUUAUGUUGGCAAUACGCGAGCACAUUGGCCGAGGCUUUGUAUCGUUCUGCUCUUCAAAUCGUUAAAUCCAUGGAAUCAUCACAGUCAGGUGCCAUCUGUCCGUCUACCGCGAGUCUGGAUCGAUUGGGGUACCUUUUGGCUCGAUUGAUUGUGUUUCUCACGCCGAAACAACAAGUAACUGCUUCAGUUUGA